AUGACGACUGCCGUAUUUUCAUCAAACGGCAAUCUCCUUGAAUUACUUGAAGAUUUUCCUCAAUACAAUUUGGAUAUUAAUGAUUUUAAGAUCAUUGGAGAGGUUGGUAAUGGCGAAUGCUCAAAAGUUUUCAGAGCAACACAUAAUCCAACACUUCGUGAAUGUGCAAUCAAACAGAUUUAUGAUAAAAACGUUCUAAAUGACAAUUUUAAGAGUUUUACAUCAGAAGUUCGGACCUUAGCUGCUUGCAAUAAUCCAUGUGUUAUUAGAUUCAUUGGAUAUACAUCAGUUCCACCAUAUUCGAUAAUCACUGAAUAUAUGCCGAAUAAUUCACUUGAAUCUUUCCUAUAUGCACCUCACGAAAACAAAAAGAACCUUUUAACAGAUACAAUUCUCACGGAAAUUGCAAUUGGUGUUGCUUGGGGUAUGCAAUAUCUGCAUUCGAUAUCAAUAAUGCAUAGACAUUUACGUGUUUCAAAUGUUUUACUCGAUCAAAAUUUUAUGGCCAAAAUUUCGGAUUUUGGAAACGCUAGAUUUGUAGAUGAAAACUCGAUUUUAACGAAAAUGAUUGAAUCGCCCAUUUACACAGCUCCAGAAGCAGCUUUAUCCAAUUCAUACGAUUAUAAAUCUGAUAUCUACUUAUAUGGGCUAUUAUUGUAUGAGUUGUCAGAAAAAGUACGACCAUAUACAGAUAUUAAACAAUCCGAAAUCAUAGAUUUAGUAAUUAAAAAAGGAUUACGUCCAAAUUUUUCUCAAAUUACGCCAGAACCACUUAAGAACUUAAUAACAAGAUGUUGGUCACAAAAUCCAGAUGAAAGGCCAUCAUUUGAAGAUAUAUUUGAUGAAUUUCACAGCGGAAAUGUUACAUUUCCAAAAGCAAAUCAUAAUGAAGUGUCAAAUUACGCCAAAAACCUAAUUCAAAUACAGGAAAGUAUGGAACCAAAGAAAAAUACUAUUGAUCCUGAAAAUGGACCCAAAAUUUCCAAUAAAAUUCAAAAGAAAUUCAAAUUAAACAGGAAAAAAGUUGAAGAAGCGGACAGUUCAUAUGAAGAGAACAGUUCAAGUGAAGAGGAAGAAAUUAAAGACCCUCAAAUUGAUGAAGAAGAUGAAGAAGACGAAGAUUAUUCUGAUUUGGAGGAAGAAGAAGAAAUAGAAGAGAAUGACCUUGAAAAUAUUUGUUCCUGUAUCAAGAUGCCUGCAAUUAUGAGAAAAUCUUCAAUUUUUGAUGAAGAAAAUAAAAUUGAAAUAAUAAAUUACGACAAACUUACUCAUCCUGGCUUUAAAUCACUACUUCAGCGAUACUCAACAACAUCCCUCUCUGAUUUCGAUAAAAAUUCCGCUCCAAUUUUAGAAUAUUACCAUGAAGGAACUUCAAACGUUAUUUUAAGCGUAAUUGUUAAUUAUUCGCUUGAUCUGAUGAAAGAAAACCCAGAAUUCAUCAAAUUGUUCAAUGAAAAAGGUUUUUUUACCAAAAUAGAAGAUAUUCCAGAAGAAAUUGCAAGUAGUUUAAUUGAUUGUUAUGGCUGCAUUGUUUCCAACAUGCCACAUUUGUUGAAUCAGAAUCAUGUCCAAACUUUCAUCAAAUUAUUGAAAAUAAAUCCAGAAAAAAUGUUUCCUUUGCUACACAAAUACUGUAGUUUGUUUGGUACUCUUGAAAGCCCAUGGUUUAUUGCUGAUAUUCCUCUUCAUAUCCUUCAAGAUUUCAUAAAUACCAAAUAUGGCGCCGAAAUUCUUACUAUUUUAUACUAUUUAGUGACACAUUAUGAGUCGUAUGCAUCAGCGAGAAGCUCCCAUGUACUCAGUUCGUUCAUUAUUGGAAUUUCUUCCACGGAUGUUGAAACAAUUUCGGUUUCUUAUGAUGGAAUCAUCAAUUUAACAAAUGAUUUCUCAUCAAUUGACCAUACAUUGAUCAUUUCUCAUCUGUCAAACGCUAAAUUAUGGGAGAAAUCCUUGAAUUUACUGUUAAGAAGCCAAGAAAUACCUUAUUCUAAUGAUUUCGUGUCUAUUUUGAUGUGUCAUACAUGCGAGAGUCGUUAUACAUGGCUAAUUCUGUUGAGAAUUGUCACUUCCAAGCAAGAUAAUUCUGAUUUGAUCGUAAAAUCAUCAGUAUGGAUGAAAGAUUCAUCAAAAUAUCCAAAAGAAGCAACAAAACUGUUCUUGAUGCUAUUUGUUCAUGAAAAAUAUCGUCAAGAACUUUGUGAUUCAGAAUAUUUUGGAAAAUUUAUGGAAUCGUUGGCAUCAAGUCAGGAUUAUGAAUUGUUUGCAACCAUAGCAUCAAUACUGACUAGAAUUAACUUGACCAAACAAAUUUUUGAAAAUUUAGAAAAAUAUAAUUUUACUAAAUCAUUUGUUGAAGCAUCUUUAUGCAGCGAAACAAAUGAAUCUAUAUUUUCAACACUCAUUGUCAUUGAUAAUUUGUGUAGAAUCGGUUAUAGUGACUCAUUUCUUUUGUAUUCAGAAAAAUUAGUUGAAUUAUUAACUAAUAAAUACCUUUAUUCGAAAGUAGUGCAUGUAAUAACAUCACUCUCAUUCCAUAGAGAAUGUGCUUGGAUCUUUAUCCAGCUAGGAUUAGUUCAAUACUUCGAUAAAUUGAAACAAGUCCAAAAAUUUGGAAAUCUUGCAAUUACAUUCCUUAGAAAUAUGAAAAUGUUGUUGUCUGAAUAA